AUGGAUGAGAAAAGAAUGCUGUGUGACUGCUUUGAAGUGGAGAACCUUACCAGUUCCAGGGAGGAGAGGAUUGAAGGUGAUUUGAAGACAUUUUGGACACAACUGGGAGGUAGAAGAGUGGACGUCAUAUUUGAGCAGGUGCAAAAUGUGCUGCUGUUGCUAAAGCAAAAGAUCAAGAAUGGAACUGCCACAAACCAAGAAUGCUGGCAGGCUUGGGCACUGGUGAAUGAAGCUAAUCUAGGUGAUCUCUUAACCUUGACAAAUGUAAGUGAUGUGUUUGACGGAGAUGGCAUACAGGAAACCAAACCCAAACUGCAGCGUCUUCUUACAAAUGGGAACACUGCAAACUCUGUAGAAGGUUCUCACAGCAAACAGGAGGAGAUGGAGAAAACAGGUUCAGGGAGUAAAGAAGCAUCUAGUAAAAUUCAAGAUUUACCUUUAAACCUGCAGUAUCAGAACCACAAGUGCUCUAGUGCAUGUCUUGCCAACAGAGCAGCGGGCUCCUACAAGGGUGAAAAUCCUCUUAAGAUACCAAUCCUGUUUCACUUUCAAAGACGCCAUGCAAAAGCAGACUGCCUUUCAAAAACACUGGAUGUGAAUUAUAAAGCUCCUUGUGGCCGAAGUCUGAGAAGCUUCCAAGAUGUGCAAAAUUACCUAUUUGAAACUGAGUGCAAUUUCUUAUUUGUUGAUCACUUCUCCUUCAACACAUACGUACUGUUGGGCAGGAACACUGUAAAUCCCGAACCCCUCGUGUUUGAUUUUGAUAUUAGCAAUGGAGCCGAGUCUGUGCCCGUCUCCUUCUGUAAUGAUCUUGACCGCGCAAGAUUACCUUAUUUCAAGUAUCGGAGGGCAUCGUGGCCGCGUGGAUAUUAUCUCAACAAUUUCUCCAGCAUAUUUGUUGAUUCAUGUGACUGCACAGAUGGCUGCAUUGAUAGGUCAAAAUGUGCAUGCCUACAGCUAACUGCAAGAGGCUGUAGUAAAAUUUCUCUGUCUUCAAGUAGUAAAACAUCCCGUGGAUACAGUUACAAAAGACUGGAGGGACCUGUUCCUAGUGGAAUUUAUGAGUGUAGUGUGUUGUGCAGGUGUGACAAGAUGAUGUGUCAGAACAGAGUUGUACAGCAUGGCAUUCAGGUCAGGUUGCAAGUGUUCAACACAGAGAAGAAAGGCUGGGGCGUCCGCUGCCUAGAUGAUAUCGACAAGGGGACAUUUGUGUGUACUUACUCAGGCAGAUUAAUGAGCAGAGCUGAAGUUCAAAUAUUGGGAGAUGCUGGUCAAAAGCUGAAAGAGAAGAGUGCUGUAAAUGACAGAGGCCUUGGCUUUUUUUUCAAAAAAAGAAAACUUGACACUGAUUCAGACUCUGUGAUUGAACUAGUGCAGACUGGCAAAAAUGACCUUCUUAAGAAGCAGGAAUCUUUGUGUCAGACUGUGGAUAAUGAAAAUAAAUCAACCCUGGUUCAUCCAAGGAAUUUAAGUAUUGCAACUGCGAGAAGGCCUGGAACUAGAGCAGUUGUUUUUCAUAAUCACCAGCUAAAAAUGGAAAUUGAUGCACUGGUGCACAGUGCCAGCUCAGAUGAAGAUAAUAGUUCUCAGAUUCAUCAGUCAAGCAAAAGAAAACUAACCAGUGGAACAAAGAAACGAAACGAAAAAUCCACUCAGCAGCAGAAGGAAGAACAUCCGAUGGAAAUUGGACAGACCAAGUCUGCUGACGUGGACAGUGCAGAAUGCAAAAGAAAGAGUCUGUCUCUGCAGGGCAUUGAUUGUGGCAAGUCAGGUGUGCUGGAUGACACGUGUGUUGUGAGGCCAUCCAAAAAUGUACCGCUAAAAGCUGACUGCAAAGAAGGAAAUCACAGGCAGUCAAAACAAGCUGCAUUUUGUGAGGAUGCUGAUGGUGAGACGAUGCUUCUGAAGAAUGCUAAUGAAGAAAAUAUUUAUGUACUGGAUGCCACAAAAGAAGGAAAUGUGGGUCGUUUUCUUAACCACAGCUGCUGCCCAAAUCUCUUUGCACAGAGCGUGUUUGUAGAGACUCACAACAGAAGUUUCCCAUGGGUGGCUUUCUUCACAAACAGGCAUGUGAAAGCUGGAACUGAACUCACGUGGGAUUAUGGUUAUGAAGCUGGAAGCAUGCCAGAGACAGAGAUUUCCUGCCAGUGUGGAGUUCAGAAGUGCAGGAAAAAAACCUUAUAG